AUGGUUCGAGACACCAUUGUAUUUGUAAACCAUCUUCAUAAGGAUUUGAUUUUGUUUGGAAAGAAAAAUUUUGAAACAAUUUAUGCUUUCUUAGGUGUGUUGCAUUUUAGUUACGUUCGACAGAUUGGAAACGUAAUGGUGAGCCAUAAAACUGGUUUAGAGGAAGCCCUUACACAAUUGGUCCAUAAGGUAUAUUCAAUAUAUGACAGAGAUCUCAAAGAAACUAUUAAUCAGGCAAGCACCGAAGAUCUUUUAAGCCUGAUAUUAUGCUCAUCAAACAUUGAAAAACUAGAACCCUUGUUGCAAAGUAGCAAAAUUUGCUCGGCAUUCUUCUGGAAAAUCAAUUCGGCCAUGACUUUUAGAGACGUUUUGAUAAAGAAGUACCUCUAUUGGAAUAUUGAGCGACAAGGCAACAUGUCGUUAGAGAAUAAUUGGUUAUUCGCCUAUCAGUUACUCUUGCCAUACAUUAUUUUGGGAGAAAGUAUUAAACACGAUAUAAAUGAUGAAGAUGUCACCUAUUUGCAUAAGGUGGUUAGUAAUGAGCAGUUGUUUUUGAAAGAAUUGGCGAGCUCAUUUCCAAAGGCCGUUUCUAUUGGUGGUCAAGAAGAUCCUUUAGGUGCACUUGCGAAAUCUCUUAGAGGGAUCCGAAAUACUUUGAGUCAUGAGCAUCAUCAAGCAGAGAAUAUUAAGGCUCUUAUGCUCAAAUAUUGGUUCAAGGACGACAAAUAUUUGUUUUUGCAGACAACUGGUGACUUGCUUUCAUAUAAUGUCAAGUCAAAUUCACCUCGUACCAAGAAAUAA